AUGGAAUGCCAUAGCAGUGGCAAGGGGAAAGUACCUGGCAGCAGCGGCGAGCCAUCCAGUGUGGCUGACACAUAUGUGGUUACUACUGGAGGUCAGAUGGAAUGCCAUAGCAGUGGCAAGGGGAAAGUACCUGGCAGCAGCGGCGAGCCAUCCAGUGUGGCUGACACAUAUGUGGUUACUACUGGAGGGAGGCGGAUAAAAUUGAAAGGACCAAUUGAAGAUACAUGGAGCCAUGGGACACAGUCGGGUACAAAUGGCUGGAAGUGUGGCUACUGUUCUGCAGGCCAGAAAAGUGGAGGGAAGACCCGCUUAACGGAGCAUUUGUGUGCAAUAUCUGGUAAUGUGAAGUCAUGUUCUCAUGUGCCACCUAAUGUUAAGACAAUAUUGCUGGAUCAAGUAGCAUUAGCGAAGAAAAAGAAGAGAGAUGUUAUGGAAAGUCGUCUCUAUAUUGAGAAGGCACUCAUGGAACAUGAUUAUAGAACAACUUUAGCUAGCCUUGACGAAGAGGCACAGUAUGAGAUGGCAAUGCAAAACUCACUGAUGGAUAUUGGCUCAACUCCUAAGAAUAGGGCAAGUGGUAGUGGUAUUUGUCGGACUGCCAGUCCAAGUGGGUCAAGUGGCAGCCCUCUGUUUCAUAAGGGAAGUGCCACUAGUAUUGGGCUUUCAAAUCUAGACAAAGCAAGUAGCAGUGGGAGUAAGUCCUCUACCUUAGGCAAGGCAAGUAGCAGUGGCAGUGGGGCUGCUGCCUCCACUAGACAAAGUUUGCUUCACAGUUUCUACCAGAACCCAAGUUCUUCAAAAGCUCCCUUUGACAUAGACUUGGCACAUACUGUUGCACUUGAUCCUUCAGAAUUGUACAGGUCAAACCUUGCAAAAAAGUCAAGUUCCCAAUUUGUCAGAACCAUGGCAAUCAAGAAGCUUGCAAAGUCAACUUCUGAAUGGUGGGGUUCUUAUGGAGGACAGUAUCCAGAAUUACAAAGGAUUGCAAGGCGCAUUGUCUCGCCAUGCGUAUCAUCAAGUGGGUGUGAAAGAAACUGGAGCACGUUUGCUUUGGUGCAUACAAAAGUAAGAAAUCGUUUAGGCUAUGACAAGCUAGAGAAAUUGGUGUACGUGCAUUAUAAUCUGAAGCUGUGCAUCCAACAAUUCGAAGCUGACUUUCAGAACUUUCAAGAAAAAGAUCCUGAUCCAUGUAGCAUGAUGAUGGAUCUUGCUCUUUAUGAUGAAGGCAACCCAAUCAUGGAGUGGCUGAACAAUUCUAUGAGUGAGUCUACACCGAUUCUUGAUGAAUACGAUGAUAGCGAUGAUGAUUGGUCAACACCUAGCAACUUCGUCAUUGAAAGUUUACACAUGGACGAUGAAGAGAUAGCUGCAUUUAAGCGGAAGAUGCAAUUGGGCAAGAAAAAGAAAAGGAAGAUGCAAUUGGAUGAAGAUGAUGAAUGUAUAGCAGAUGACUAUGACACUUCUUCAGAAGAACAUGGUAGCCCAGUGUAUGCCGAGUCAGGGGACAGCAGUUCGAACGAUGAAGGUGAUAAUGAUGUUGGUGAUGGAAGCGGUGGUACUACAGCUGGUACAGAUGUACCAGGUGGUUCAGGUGUUAAUCAUGGGGAACCAACCCCUCUACGGCCAAGAUCAACUAGAAAAAGAAAGCCGAUUGUCAAGAGCAUCUACGACCUAUAA